AUGAAGGCAGCUAUCGCUAUUCCGGUCACUCUGGCCAUGGUGUAUCGAGCUGGAUCGCACAAAAGCUUAACCCCCGCAGGUAUUAUUGCAGCUGUCGUCACAGCUGCCGCACAUGCCUUACACCCAUGGAAUCUACCUUUUGCGCUUCUAAUAAUCUUCUAUCUUAUUGGUACAAGAGUUACCAAGGUCAAACACAAUGUCAAGGCCAAGCUGACGAUGCAAUCUACCGGAACUUCUGGUGGUGAAGGAGCUCGCACACACAUGCAAGUUCUCUCGAAUUCUGCCGUUGCCUCCGUUCUUACUCUCAUGCACGCCUAUCAAUUAUACAAACGAGGAAAUGAUACCGACUCAUCUACGUGUUACGCUUGGGGUGGUGACCUUCUCGUGGUGGGGAUAGUAGCAAAUUACGCAGCUGUAGCGGCAGACACUUUCAGCUCGGAGCUUGGGAUUUUGUCCUCAACUCACCCACGACUUAUCACAUCCCCAAGUCUGCGAAAAGUCCCACCGGGAACAAAUGGAGGUGUCACGGCCUGGGGCCUCCUGGCAGGCCUAUUAGGUUCUCUCAUAAUUGUUACCGUUUCAAUGGUCCUUGUGCCAUUCUGCAACCCCAAAGAUUCUACAGAAAAUGGAUGGUCCUUCUUACAGCGACAACGCUUAACGUAUGCGUUAACUAUAUGGGGAGCACUAGGGAGUGUGUUGGAUAGCUUCCUAGGUGGAUGGUUCCAACUGAGCGUUGUAGACACAAGGACUGGACGUAUCGUUGAAGGACAAGGUGGGAAACGGGUGUUGAUUGAUGCGGGUGAUCCUACCGGUAUGCAUCACGAAAAGAGCGCCGAGUCCGAUGCUUCCAACGCGCCACUCAAAUCAAGUCUCAAGCAUGAUCACCCAAGUCGAAUCAUUGAGAACGGAUAUCUGAACAUUCUUGAUAAUAACGAGGUCAAUUUUCUUAUGGCGUUGACCAUGAGCUUAGGGGCUAUGGGUAUUGCAAGUUGGGUGUGGAAUAUCCCGUUUUCAAGCAUUUACACCUUCAAGGCAUGA